AUGGAGACAACCCCCACCUUUCAACCUCGGUCCACCUCCCUGCGAAAGUCCAGCACCCACAAGCAACGGAAACCAUCGCAAUCCCUCAAGGCUCCAAGGGCGCGACAAACGUCCGAAAUUCGAUUCCGGAAGGAUGAUACAACCACAAAGCCAACAAAUAGUACCAGUACCGACAAUAGUGCUGCCAAACAACCACACACCAAUGACGACGACAAGUCAAAGUCCAUGUCCAAAGCAAGCAAUUCCAACAAGGAGCUGAAAGUACACAGUCACCACAGUCACCACCACCACCACCACCACCACAACCCCUCUGGAAAGGAUCACAAGAAAGUGAGUGAUGACCAACGUCCAGGACGACACACUCACGCUCCAGGGGACACCAAGACCAGGGCUGGAAAAAGCAAGCACGCUUUGUCGUCAACAGGAGCGGACGAUGCUUCUGCCCACACGACUCAGACGGGAAACCGAUUCAGUGACAAGUACGAAAUCAGUCAAGAGGACAAUCAUCGAACAUCAAAACACAAAUUCGUCCACAUACACACCUGCGUGCAUCUCAAGACCCAUCAAACUUUCAGCCUCAAAAUUGUCAAUACGCAAAAGCUCAGUCGAUGGAACAAGAAGACGCCAUUGGUCGUACUGCAGGACAAGUCGCUUCAAUUGUGGAAGGAUCUACCAGCCCAUCCUCGCAUUGUCAAGCUACACGAAUGGUACAACGGUGGUCAUCACCACAGCUAUCUCAUCUUGGACAAUGUGCUGUCGAGCAGUUUGACAUUGCAGGAUACGCUGGGAAAAGACAAUGCGGACGUUCAGGAAGGAUUCGUCGUGGCGAUUUUGAAGCAAGUUUUGGAGGCCCUCCAUUUCUUGCAUGAGGAACGCACAAUGAUACAUGGAGACCUCACCCCUGAGCAAGUGGUCCUGCCGAAUUGGCACGCUGGUGACAGCAAGCCUCCUGCCGAUUACUCGGUGGACAGUCAACUCAAGGGAUUGGGAGGAUGCUGCAAAAUCGACGAUCCGAUUUCGAACCACCUUGUCCAGCGAAGAAGCACACAUUACACUCCACCAGAAGUUCUAGUACUGGCAUCAUCGAAAGGGGCAUCGACCAAUGUUAGUGGCCAUCAGCAUACACAACAGCAACAUCCAAAGCGGAAAAAGAAAAAGAGCGCCGCCAGCUCGCAUGUACAGGCAUCCUAUGACAUGUGGGCCGUGGGCGUCUUGGCAUUCGUAUUGAUUGCAGAUCGGCUGCCGCCACAUCCCACUUUGUCUGUAUCAGCCGGCAAUAAUAAUUCAAGUCAAGACUACCAGCGACGAUUGCAGUCUGAUCCAAUUUGGGAAAAUGCUGCUGUGAGUAUGGAAGCCCGAGAUUUUUGCACCCGUUGCUUGCAAUUUGACCCGACAACACGCAUCUCCGCAGCAAAGGCUUUGAAACAUCCAUUCUUAUUGACUGCUGUGUCUGCAAGUUCGUCUUCGGUUAAAGCUUCAUCCACCGUCUCGUUCCGUCAAAUGUAUGCGGUCCGUGGAGGCAAGAAGAAACAAUCUCUGGCCCAGUCAUCGGCGUUGCUCUCGAAUGAAGCAAGAUUGGAACAGGCGGCCACAAUCAUCCUGGACUUUCGACAACGUCUUCAAGAAGAAAAGGGAGCAAUCGAUGCCGCAUUUCGAGCGUUGGACGUGAACGGGGACGGGAAGUUGUCCAAGAAUGAAGUGCUCAAGGGAUUCUCAACCGUGUUCGGGUAUGAUCCAAUGAAGGAUGAAGUGGAUCGAAUAUUUUCCCAAAUGGAUACCGAUUCGAGUGGAUUUGUGGAAUUUGCGGAGUUUGUAGUGGCCUCGCUGCAUGAAAAGGGGAUGUUGGGACAAGACAAUCGAAUCCAAAAGGCAUACCAACGGUUGGACGUGGAAGGCAAUGGCAGUGUCUCUGUGGAAAACCUUGAGCUUGCUUUGGUGGCAGCAGCAUCUUCCUCCUCAUCCCAACAUACAACUCGAAUGACGUCUCCAAGUGAAUCCAUCCACAGAUUACUGCAAAUUGCAGAUCGUGACGGUGACGGCUAUUUGUCCUAUGACGAAUUUGUGGCUCUCAUUAUGGAAUCCACGGAUGACCUGAUGGCAACCGAACAAACCAGAAGGAGCAGUAUUGUCGACGAUAAGACACGACAAAUCGCCCGCAAAAUCAAGAGUGGGAAGUGGUCACGAAUGCGCAACAUCAACUGGCACAGUGAUAGCCACAAAGAGUUUUACAAGCAGUAUCGAGUCAUCGAAAAGCUAAACGUGGGCUCGACGGAUGACGUGCACAACAUCCGAUACAGCACCAGCACCACCAUCACAUCUAACCGGAGCGCGAGCGACGACUGGUUCGCUUGUCGUGAUCGAAAGACAGGAGCGCUGUAUGCGGUUCGAAUCGUCCCCAAGACGUCGCAAUGGAUCGCCCAAGACGAAGAAGUGUUGAAAUGUCGAAGAGAAUUCCACACUCUAUCCCAGCUCUCAACAAACCACAACAUAUUGUUGUCACCGCACGAGCUGCUCAAGGGCAAACAGUACUACUACCAAGUGAUGGAGCAUUGCUACACAGACUUACGUUCAGAGGUGGAGACGUGGGGUGCAUUGGAUGAAUCGGUCGUCAAGCAGGUAAUCAAACAGAUCCUGUCGGCACUUGUCUAUCUUCAUACACCACGAGAAUCGGACCAGGACCAAGCCAUUGGUUCGUUCUGUUGGGUACAUCGGUCUCUCCAACCAGAGUCUAUUUUCCUUCCAACUGUCGGGCACAGAAAAGGCCAUCGUGUCGACGUCCUAGGGUGCAAUCAAGUUAGACUUGGUGGCUUUGCCGCAGCAUCCCGUUGGACUGAAUCUGACGGUGUGGUGGAUGACAAAAGGAUGCAGACAAGCGCCGCCCAUGACACUAGUCUGGACAUGUGGAAUGGUCCAAGGACAUUAUCGCCCAUCGAUGCUGCUUUCGUAGCUCCUGAGGCCACGCAAGACCCCAAAGCCUAUGCCCCAAUUUGCGAUGUCUUUUCCUGCGGAGCCCUGGCCUACUGGAUGCUUACAAAGCGAGUUCUAUUCACCGAACGUGGUCAUGGGUCCGAGCUGGACUGGGAUGGAGUUUCUGGUGUGGGGAAGGAUUUCGUCUCGCAGCUACUUGCUGAACCACAGUUUCGUGUCUCUGCCAAACACGCACUGGAUCAUGCCUGGCUAAGGAGUCCGGACUCGGACUCGUCAGCGACGGUGGAACCUCAGGGCGGGUGGUACGAUUCCUUGGUAGUAUCCCGCUUCAACGGUGCAUCGCACGUUCGACAAUCCAUUGAAUUGAUCGUUGCAGCGCAAGGCUCUAUGAACCAAGCGGUCAAUGUCUUUGCGGAAGCCUUUCAAAGCAUGGGCUUGACAAUGGAUGAUCAGCUGUCCAAGAAGGAUGUACAGCACGGGUUCCAUAGAUUGCUUGGGAAGAAGCUAUCGGGAAGCGACGUCGAUGACAUGUUUCUACGAAUAGACCUUCAAGAGAGCGGAUACAUAGAAUCGCUUGAGUUGCUGGUGGCGUUCGUUAACGAAGCGAUGCACAGCGAUAUCAAAACGCCGUUUCGGGCGCUUGAGGUCAACGGAAAGCACCUCAACUCGGAUCUUUGUGAGAUGCUCACCUAUUACGGGAGUGCAAAACGUGACCAAGGAGUCGUACACAACAUGGCGGCAGUCUUCUGCGAGCAUGGAGACGACCCAGUGACAGUGGAUGAUUUGUUCGGGAUGAUGGUAAAAACAGCCCUCGUGGUCUCCAACAGCGAUGGCUUGAAGGUGCCUGACUCUGUGCGACGUCUCCGAGGGGCAGCCUUGGUCCGUUGUGGUUCUAUGGAAAAGGUGACAUUCAUGGCAACCGCAAUGGAAUUUGGCAAUACGCUUACAGACGAAUACACGAUGGGCACUUACAUCCAACCGGGGCAGUUCUAUUGCCAGAACAAAAUCACUGGCACGAAACACAUUCUGAAAAUUGUGGAUAUUUCCAGUCAAGAAUCCAAGAAUGAGAAGUUCUUGGAAGAGAUUUGCAUGCUCAAUUGCUUGGUUUCGCAACCAAAUUGCGCACUGGUCAACGACAUCUUUGAGGACGCAUUGCACUAUUAUGUCGUUCAAGAACUUUACGGCGAUGGUGGUUCGUUGGUGGAUGAGCUAGAUAUCUUUGGUCACCUGAGUGAGGCAGAUGCCAUCCGCUUUUUGAGGCAGCUUCUGAAAACAACCAGUUGUUUGCACUCGUUGAACAUUGUCCACCGCGAUCUAAAGCCAGAAAUAAUCAUGAUGUCAAAAAAUGCAGACAUCGAUCGCUUCAAGAUUGCCAAUUUCUCAACAGCAACCUUCUAUGAUCCACAGGUCGGGUUGGUCGGGAAAGUUGGGACGCCAGGAUACAUGGCCCCUGAGGUAGCAAAGGAACGAUACGGACCCGCAUGCGACAUCUGGUCCGUUGGAGUCAUCGCAUAUCUAUGCCUGUCAGCCACUACAUCCUUUGACAUGUUCAUCAGGGACGUCAAGCAGUUGGUCAAGACUGGCAAAUUCGUUUUCACUGAUCCAUCCUGGCAGACCGUGGCUGGGCCGGCGAAAGACUUUGUGGCAAGCCUGCUGACCUGGGAUCAAAAGGCUCGACCAACUGCGGAUGAAGCUCUUGUACAUGACUGGCUUCAAUACAGUUACGAAACAGAAGAGGCAACAUCCCAGCACCCUCUUCCUGAAAGCAAAGUGAAUGUUGAUAAGAGAAUGGGACGAGGGGCAAUGACCAUCGUGCGAUGCCUGGUUGCGUUGAAUGUUGAACGCCAAGCACUCGAGGCCGUCUUGCUCCCCUUGGGUUUCAAAUUCGGUAGCAACUUGACACCCGCUGAUGUUAAGAAAGCGUAUAAAGCCCUCUAUUCGAGAGAGAUUGACGAUGCAGCGGUUCAGGACUUGUUUCUACGUGUGGACAUUCACAACGUUGGCACAAUUUUCUACUCUGACUUUUUUGUUUCCGUCGUCAACGAGAAAGAAAUGUUUUUUGAUAACGAGAAACUGGGGAAAGCGUGCGAAGCGUAUGAUGUUGACAAUUCUGGAAACAUAUCUUUACCCCAUCUUACGCAAGCUUUGAGUGCACUCGGUGAUUUUGCGUUGGAAGAUGCCGAUGAACAUGCCAGAACCUUGUUGCUGGAUCGACUUGGGGACACCGCGAACAAGGGAAUUCCGCUUUACGAUUUCUUGACAAUCCUCCUACAAACUGCCGCGUCCGAGGACACUUCAGCCUUGUCGAGUAUUUCCUUCUCAGCCCACACGUUCAUGCGCGAAAAGGCGUCUCAACUAGAUGAAUUGUAUUCUGUUGGUGAUCUCAUCGAUGAUGGCCUGUUUGGCAAAGUAUUUCAGUGCACACACAAGGCAACAGGUGCUACAAGGGCGGUCAAAGUGCGGAAGAAGACUAUUUGGGAUGGCGACUCCCAGCAAAUUCUGAAUGAGGUUGAGAUUUUGAAACGGUUGGAUCAUCCCAACACCCUUUCUGUCCUGGACUUGAUCAUUGAGGAUGGGCACUACUGUAUUGUAACGGAGUACCUUGAUGGUGGCGACCUGUGUACUGAGCUGGAUGAUAAUGGGAGCAUGAACGAGGCGUCCGCGGCUGUCUUGAUGAAACAUCUCUUGGGAGCAGUGCACUAUCUGCAUCAAAAUGCCAUUGUUCACAGAGAUUUAACGCCAGAAAAUAUCCUGUUGCCCAAGUCGAAGACCAUUUCGCUCUUCAAGCUGAUUGAUUUUGCUCGCGCAACCACUUGCCAACGCAACCAGCGUCUGACUGACAAGGCACCCACCACUCCAGCGUGUUGCUCGCCAGAGGUGCUGUCCCACAACUAUGGACAGAAAGCAGAUGUUUUCGCCUGUGGUGUGAUUCUGUAUCUCGUCCUUUGCAACACAUUUCCAUUCGAUGGAGAGACGGAGGAAGAGAUCCACGAGCGGAUCCAGGAGGGUGACAUCGAUUUUGGAAUAUUCGAGGGAGUCUCACUGUCUGGCGUUGACAUGAUUGCUCGUCUCUUGACAUAUGAUGAGGAGUUUCGUCCGUCUGCAGAAGAAGCCCUGCAUCACAAGUGGUUCCAAGACAUGGAUCCUUCGAUACUACAGCAGCAAGAAGAGCAUGCAUCCGACGUGAAGGAGGCAUUGAAAAACUUGCAACGACAUCAAAGUCUACUAGUGGCACCACCAAAACUGAAGCAAGCCACAUUUGCUCUCAUAUCCGCGCAAGGUUUACUGCAACGUGAAAAAGAAGAGAUAGAUCGCGCUUUCUUAGCCAUUGACACGAAUCAAGAUGGCAAGCUUUCCAAGAAGCAAGUUCAAGAUGGCUAUGCGCAUUACUUUGGCGAAUCCCUUAGCGAGCAAGAAGUGGAUGAAAUGUUUGACCGUCUCGACGUGGAUCGAUCCGGUUUUUUGAAUUAUUCCGAAUUUGUCGUGGCCGCCAUGAAUGAACAAGACCUGCUGUCUAGUGGCGUGCUGAGACGAGCGUUUGACGCCUUUGACGUGGAUAACUCCGGCGUGAUCUCCAAGGACAAUUUGAAGCAAGUUCUGAGGGAUGCUCUGGAUAUGGGCAAGGCUUCCGAUGACCAAGUGGUUAGUCAACUGAUCCAGCAGGUUGAUAAGGAGGGUGAUGGAGUUAUUUCGUUCGACGAGUUCACACAGAUGAUGAUCCUGUCAACAGGGAGAUAG